CAGAUUGCUCAAUAAGGCAAAGGUGGUCGUCUUCAUCAAUGACCAUCAGAAACAGAUCCUACAUGUGAUGACGAAUGAACCGUGCUAAACCAUCGAGAUCAACGUAACUACGAUGCUGAUUCCCAACACUCUAUCACCCGCUAUCAUAAACAAAACAAGAAGAUAUCUAAAAAAUAAAAAUAAAAAAAGACGGGGAAUCGCUCGAGGCUGAGGGUUAGUUCCGUGACCGUGAGUGAGUCGAUGUUAUGUGUCGAUAAAUAAUGUCAGAUGAUGAGUCAGAACCCAAAACCAAGACCCAGAUAACGAAUGGCGUCUCUUCUUUUCCCAGUCUCUGCUAUUAUCAUCUGUAUGCUUUUAGUUUUCCUUUCAGUUUCAGAAACCGCCGCGUCAUCGAAAUAUGAUACGAUCGCUCUCCCCCAGUAUAACCUGCCGACGGCCACGUUUUCCGUCACCGAUUUUGGUGCCGCUGGCGACGGUAAGAGAUAUGAUACGUCGCACAUACAAGCCGCUGUUGACGCCUGCGCAGACGCAGGAGGCGGACGAGUCAGGUUUCCGCCGGGAGAUUACCUGACGGCCACGAUCUUCUUGAGAUCGGGGGUGGUGUUGGAAAUCGAAAAGGGAGCUCGGGUGUUGGGAGGGGCGCGACUGGGGGACUAUCCAUUGGAGUCUUGGAGAUGGUACGUGGUGUUGGCGGAGAACGCGACGGACGUCGGAAUCACCGGCGGGGGAGUGAUCGACGGCCAGGGAAUGAAGUUUGUCCAACAGAUCAACGAUCGAAAGAACAUCAUGGUCAGCUGGAAUACCACGGGUGCUUGUUAUGGCGACGAGUGCCGGCCGAGACUCGUCGGAUUUCUGGGUUGCCAGAAUGUCAGAGUUUGGAAUAUCAGAUUGAUGGAGCCCGCUUAUUGGUGUUUGCACAUAGUCAGAUGCCAGAAGACAUCAAUUCAUGAUGUGUCUAUUUAUGGAGAUUUUGAUACCCCAAAUAAUGAUGGGAUAGAUAUAGAAGAUUCAAAUAAUACUGUGAUCACAAGAUGCCAUAUUGACACUGGAGAUGAUGCCAUUUGUCCUAAGACAUACACUGGCCCUAUCUAUAACUUAACAGCCACAAACUGUUGGAUUCGAACUAAAUCUUCUGCAAUCAAGCUUGGUAGUGCGAGUUCCUUUGCUUUUAAGAAUCUGCUGUUUGAUAAUAUCACCAUUGUGGAUUCUCACAGAGGAAUAGGUUUCCAGAUUCGAGAUGGAGGAAAUGUGAGUGGUAUCACCUUCUCAAAUAUAAAAAUCAGCACAAGGUACUAUGACCCAUCAUGGUGGGGGAGAGCAGAGCCCAUCUAUGUGACCAGCUGUCCACGCGACUCAAACGCAGCAGAGGGGUCUAUUUCUGAUGUGCUCUUUGUUAACAUAUCUGCUGUUUCCGAAAAUGGGAUUUUCUUAUCUGGUUCUAAACAAGGCCUUCUAAGCAACUUGAAAUUCAUCAAUGUGAAUGUUACCUACAGAAGAUGGACAGAUUUCCCCGCUGGAUUGGUUGAUUACCGGCCAGGAUGCCAAGGUCUUGUUAAUCACAGCAUGGCCGGGAUUAUGAUGGAGCACAUUGAUGGUUUGGUGAUAGAGAAUAUGAACAUGAGAUGGUUUGAGAAUGAGUACAAACAUUGGGAUAACCCUUUGGAUUUGAGGCCUUCAACUGUACAUAACAUUUCUUUGUUUAAUUUCCAGUUGGAUCGGUAUCAACAGUAGACAGGAGCAUAAAAUCCCUGUUUCCUCCAUUAUUUUGAUCUAAAUAAUGUGGCAGAGAAGAUUUACUAUCAACAAAAAUGUUUUUGUUUUCUUAUGAACUGAAUGUCACAGUAAGCCCUAAACAAACUAGUGAUUCUGGUGGAAGGGAAUUUGAUUAUUUGUUAGACAAUAUUUGUUUUAAAUGUACUUGUUGUAAAAUUACUUCGUUGUAUAAUCUUUUAUAGCAGACAUUAUUACCUUUUCUCUUACAA